AUGAGUAAAGCUUGCGUUCUUUAUUUAGAGGCCAACUGCUAUGGCUUUCGUGAUGUCUCCUAUCUUCCAGCAGUAAAACUUGACCCUUCCUCGCUGCGAAUCGCGAUUGAGGCAAAUCGGAUUUACAGGAAGAAAAAACCAUUAAAUUAUAAGCAAAUUAUGAAAUUAAAGGAUCCGUUGCAUGAGAAGUAUUUCAAAAAAACAGGGACGGGAAUCGAUUUCCCCGAUUAUUUUAAGGUGUUUUCUAAUCCUAGUGAAAUGAGCGUAAGCAAACUAUAUUUUACUGGAUAA